AUGUUUGGAAGAAGCCGCCUGGACAUGCGGUGGCUGCAGGACACGUGGCGCAGCGUGACCCGAGCCAACGCAGACGACUCAACGCGCAAGAAGACGGAGGACAUUUUAACUUCACAGCAGGAGGAGCCCUUCGUGCCUGCGAGGCGCCUCACCAUCACAAUCGCGGUCCUGGCUCUGAAGAUCCUGCUGGUGAGCAUCCUGGGACACGUGGACAAGACCGGCCGGGCGGCCAGGAAGGACAGCGGCUCGUUUGACAUGCGCAUGAGCGGGCUGUCGCUGUCCGCCGUGCUGGUGCUGUCCCGCGAUGCGGGGAGGCCGUCGGUCAGCGCCGGUGGCUGCAGCAGUGAGGUCGGCGACGUCGACAUCAAGUUCCACGGCGGGGCCAGCUGGCUGUACAACCUCUUCAAACACCUAAUCGAGAAUAACAUACGAGAUCACCUGAAGGGUCAGCUGUGUGGUCAGGUGACCGAAGCGAUCAACAGCGACCUGGAGAACAGCCUGCAGGAGAUCCCAAUCACUGCCAAGGUGGACGAAUUCACAGAGGUCGACUACUCGCUCCUGAGUCCUCCCGACACCCGCGCAGACAUGCUGGACAUGCCCUGCAAGGGUGAGUUCUACAGCCUGCAGCACCACUCCGAGUUCCCUGUCCCUGCGCCCCCCAUGGAUCUGGGCACCUCUGCUGACCGCAUGCUCUACUUCGGCCUAUCCGAGUUCCUCUUCAACAGCGCCGGCUACGCGUACCAAGCCUCCGGUGCCCUCACCUACAUUAUCACUGAGGCCAUGCUGCCGAAGGACGCCCCCUUCCACCUCAACACCUCCAGCCUGGCGCCCAUCGCUGUGAAGCUCAAGGACUUCCCGGGGCUGCCUGUGGAGGUGAGGGUCGAGUCGAGCGCCGCGCCACGCUCUCCAUCUCCGCCGGCAACGUCACGCUUGCACACGCAGGCCCUCGCAACCUUCAGCGCCCUGUGGCCCAACGGCACGCGCAGCUUCCUCUUCUCCAUCAACGCCAGCCUCGCUGCUGCCAGGCUGGAGAUCGACGCUGACAAGCUGCACGGGACGCUCGCGCUGGACAGCUUGGUCCUGACGCUGGUGAAGUCGGAUGUGGGAGACGUGCAGUAA